ACAGUUGACAUGUGACAUUUUAAGUAUAAAAUUGUCAACCAAAUUUGUUAUGAUUUGAAUUUUACUCCGUAUAAUAAUUAAUUCAUAUAAAAUGUUCAUAAAUUACUUAGAUUAAAUGUUACAUCUCAUUUUAAUAAAUAUGUAAGCUUAUUGUUCAGUUAUGGAGUCUGAUAGAAUUUUAGUAGCUGCUGGUUUAACAGCAGCUGCAGUCGUUGGAGCAUUCAUAUUUUGGGGGCCUUCCCCGAAUUCUGGAAGUGGUAGAGGUAGAUUAGCGGGCUUAGUGAACCUCGGUAAAACUUGUUUUUUGAAUGCUGUACUUCACGCUUUAGCAGCUUGUCCAAGUUUCAUUACUUGGCUAGAAAAAGACAAAUUUGUGAAAGAAACUAGCCUACGUAGUACUUUGGCCACCGUGUUAUCAGUUGUUAAUGGUACCAAUAAAUCUGUCCAGGAAACUUAUGCUCCUGCUGCAGUUAUAAAUGCUUUAAAACGACUAGGUUGGGUGAUACCUGCUGGUGAGCAAGAUGCACACGAAUUGUUGAAUGUAAUUUUGACUACUCUAGAUGAAGAAACUCAGAAGAUUGAAAGGAAGGCUGGCUGUUUGUCUGAUGCAUUAGGCAUGAAUGAAUUACAAAAUGAAGAUUGUCCUGCAGAGCAAGAAACUUUUGAUUCUUUAGGUAGUGUUAUGUCAUUGAAUGAAUUAUGUAGACCUAUGAGUGCUGGUUGGCGCGGAGGAGCUAUUAGAAGAAACAGGUGGAUUUCCAGAUCUUGUAGAGCUCUUCAGAUGACCGGACCUCCACAACAACCAGUUAGUCAUCCAUUCACUGGGACCCUGACAAGCCAGUUAAGAUGCACUGACUGUGGUUAUAAGUCUGCAGUUCGUUACGAUAAAUUUGAAAGUUUAUCUUUGGCUUUGCCAUCAUGUGCCGGGGAUCUUGGAUGGGGUAGGCACAAAUUACAUCAGCUGCUUACCAAUUUUGUUACUCCCGAGGUUGUCAAUGACGUACACUGUGAGGGUUGCAAUCGUGAUAGAGAUCCAGCGCGUCCACCGAUCCUAUCGAAACAAGUAAAAAUUCUCAAUUUUGGAAAGUUACCUGUUUGCCUUUGUAUCCAUAUUUCAAGAAAUACAUGGCAGAGUAGUGGUGUAUCGAAACGACAGGAUUAUGUACAGUUUCCUAUGAGGCUGUCAAUGUCUGCUUAUACCUUCAUUCAAGCCCAUUAUCAAAGGAAAGUAACAAAUUCUGCUUAUACAAGUACUAGCGAAGGUGGAAGUCCCCUUUCAAGUAGUACGCCGUUGUGUUGGACGGGAAGUUCUCUAAGCGAUAUGGCAAACGAAUUUAGAAACGUGUAUCAAUUAGCCGCCGUUGUUGUACAUACAGGUAAUGCUCAUUCGGGACAUUUUAUAACAUACAGAAGAGGAUGUCAAAAUAGCAGGUGGUAUUAUACUUCAGAUGUUGAAAUUAGAGAAGUAUCAGUCGAUGAGGUACUACAAAGUACAGCUUAUAUGCUUUUUUAUGAAAAGAGCUCUACGAUGGCUGGGAUAUUUUGAAACGAUACCAAAAAAAAAAAAAAUUCCUUGUGAUGUGUUUAUUUGGGAUGUAACAAAAUAUUUUUUUAUUUAUAGUGCGUAUCAUUCCUUAAAUAGAAUAUUAUUUUUUUAUCGAAUUUCACCUUUUCAAAGACUAUUAGCACACAAUUUCAUUGAACUGUUAAAUAAGUUAUAAUAAACUAAAAUAAAAUUCCAAAAAGGCUAUAAACUGUAUUUAAUUACUCAAUGUGUUGAUUAUAUCAGAAAUUUAAUACUUAAUUAAAAAAUGUUACAGCAAUAAAAGUUUUUUCUUUCUAUUGGAAUAACAUUUGUUUUUAGAUUAAGUAAAAAUGUGUAUUGGAAUAAACAUGGAGCCUUACAAAUUUUAAUUUGAAAUGUGUGAUUGUGUAAGAUGAAAAAUUUCACUUUACAAAUGAAAAAUUCAUUUUAAAAGUGGAAAUAUUAUUUAUAGAAGUGGGAGUUUGAGUUUAAAAGGAAGGUAAAUGUGAAAAGGGGAAAUGAGGACAUUGAAAAUAACCUCCACGUAGAAAUUUCAAUUAUACACUUUUGUACAUUGUACAAAUAGCAUACAAGUCUUGGAACAUAUUUUUGGAUUUUUUUAGCUGUGUAAAUUUACUUGAUAUUUGUUGCCAUGUUUACCAAUAUUAGUUAUCAAAUAAGUAUUUACAGAAAAAAAAUUCAUUUCACCAUAAUUAUUAACCUUUUCCAUCCAGCUGACUCUUGUAAUUCCUUACAUUCAAACUCAUUUUUUCGUUACAAGGUAUGUUUGAAAAUUACAGCGGAGUAGAAGACUACUAAACCACAAUAAGUCCAUCACUCACUGAUACUAAAAAAUAUCUAUUGGUUGUUGUAUCCAUAACAACAAAUACAUAUUUUAUUCCGUCCUUUUGAAUCAAUCUAGGAGAACUCGAGCUGAUAUGGACACCUGAUCAAAAACUUGAACAUUAGAAAAAAUAAUCAUAGUGAUCUACAAUGGAACAAUGAAGAUAAAACGAUGAAGUCUUCUAAUGUUAUUACCAAACAGAGCUACAUAAUGAAAACAAAUCGUAUUGGUUCGUUCCAGAAAAACGAAUUAGGUUACUAUCUGGUCUGAUUUCAGUAAAUAUCUUGGUAAUGAUUUGGCGGAUAGAUCAGUCCCUCUACUAGAAGAAUUAAGCUUGAAACUUGAUAUAUACAGAAUAAAAUUAAUACUUAUAAGGAUGAUAAAACACUAAAUAACAGAACAAAUGUUUAAAAUAUUUGACAAGAAAUAAUUGAAUAGGAAACAUAAUUUUCAGUAAUUAAUUAGAGCUCCGUUUUUUUAACCACUUUUUUCGUCUUGACAUGGAGUGAAUUAAAUUUAGACAAAUGAUUUCAUUCAAAUUAAGCAGUUUCUAUAAGUUUCCAAGAUCUUAUAGAUUUCUAGUUUGUUGGAUAUAUGGCACUAGCAGCCGAAUUAAAGACAUGUUUUCUCAAAAAAUUAACUUUAAUACUAACUUUAAUAUAUUUUCCGAACUUUCGAAUACUUAUGUAUUCAUCGUCUGGGAAAUCAUUAAUAAAGAUUUCCGGUGAUUUUUGAGUAUUGAUUAAUAAUGAACACCAAAGUUA